AAGUGAUCGAAGGUCGGUUUGGGUAAACAUAAAAUAGUAUGACCGUUGUAUUUUUUAACGAUAUCAAUUACAGAGGUGUGCUCGUUGCUGCCUAUUGUGCUAUUAGCUGUCAACUUUAACGGUUUGCUGAAUGUAGGCCUAAAACUUGGUCAAUUAAUACAAUUGAAAAAUGGAUACGAAAAUCAAGGUAGGCCUACCACAGGCCCUGAGAGCCAAAGUGAUGCUAUGGACAGAUGUCACCUACCAUGACAUGGAGCAGAUUGACAAGAUGCAGUCUCUUCCUGAUCUGGAGAGCACUCUAAGCAAUGUGCUUGGAGUUGACCUGCCUGAACCAAAAAGAGGAGUUCUGCUGGAGUUGUAUGUCCACACUGUGCUGUUUUGCAGAGAGAGUAGCCUCAACAAGGAACAAACUUCUGCUCUGUUGUCCAUCAUCAAGUCUGUUCAUGAGGCUAACAUUGAAACCCCACUCAACAACAUAGAGGAGUGUUUCAAAUACUGCAAGGAGCUACUUCUCUGUCAUUCAGUCAGGCGACCUCCCUUCAGUAUUAGCCUCUUCAGCCCUGAUGAGGGAAGCUGUAUCAUAAAGUACAUCUAUAACAGCUAUGUGAGGCACUACAAACUUUACAAAUAUAUUUUUACUCCACAGGUUAAACUUGAUUUAUCUUUGACUUACUCUGAAAGCCCAAAUCAGGAUGAACCUACUGCAGAGGAUUCAUCUUUUAAAGAUGCUGAAAAUCUGAAGGAACCAGUUGUAACAGAAGCAAAAGAAGACAGCUCUCCUGAAAAAAAAGAGGUACCCACUACAGAGCCAGAGGAUGCCAUACUGGGUUCAAAGUCAGAGCUGAAGACACUGAUAGAGAAAGAAGUCAGAGAGCAGAUGACGCUUGUGUCCGGGCAACUUGAUCAGCGCAUGAAAGAAAUAGCCAAUCAGCACAACAGUACGCCUCAAUCCCCACAGCCCAACAACAACAACAGGGCCAAAAAAUAACAGACAUCUCAAAAACAAAAUUGGACAACUCCAACAUAUGCUUUAUUGUUAAUAAAUCUUUUUUUCAAAGCCAAAA